CUCAGCGUCCUUGCGACAUCGCUUGCUCGAAGGCGUCGAAAAUAAUAGGUGCCACAGACGCGGUAGAGCUCACGUAACGCCUGCGCGCGGUACGGUACAGUCAGCUGCCCUUGCUGAUUCAGUCUGCGCACCGCCGGAACCGACGACCGUCUCUUACUCAUCGCUUACGCGUCCCUCGCACCUCCUCCUCAAAAGGGCCCGUGCACCAGAGACCGAGUAUUAAUGGAGCAAGACCACGUUGAAAACGAACAGAUCGAGGAGGGCGAGGAGGAGGAGUUUAUCGACCCGAACGAUGUCUACAUCGAGGUCGCCGAUGAUGGCGACGACCUCAUGGAUGAAGACGACGCCGAGGGGGAGAUGAUGGGCGGCGAGGGCGGACCCCAGUCAGACGAAGAGAUCGUCUACGAGGACAACUCCAUACAACACUUCCCGACGCACCGCAAGUCCGUCUUCGCAGUCUCCACACAUCCCGUCGCACCCAUCGCCGCAUCGGGCGGGGAGGACGACCUCGGAUAUAUCUGGGACUACACCACCGGGGACGAGAUCGUGAAGCUGACGGGCCAUACGGACAGCGUGACGAGCACGGCGUUCAGCUCUGAUGGAGAGCUGAUCUCGACGGGUGGGAUGGACGGCAAGGUCCGCAUUUGGCGGAGAGUGGGCAAGGAGAACUGGAAGCUGUGGGAGUUUCUGACGGAGCUCCAAGGUCCCGACGAAGUCAUGUGGUUACGCUGGCAUCCAAAAGGAAACGUCCUACUGGCCGGAUCAAACGACUCAACAGUCUGGCUCUGGCAGCUUCCCUCCGGUAACACAAUGCAAGUCCUCGCGGGACACACCGCGCCCGUCCAAUGUGGGGACUUCACGCCCGACGGGAAGCGGAUCAUCACCGCGGACGCGGAAGGCACGCUCAUCUUCUGGGAUCCGCGCUCACCCACGCCCGUCUUCAAGCUCACCGCGACCGACGCGCGGUUCGACAUGGGCGGGAUCACCUCGCUCGCGGUGAACCCCGCGUCGACGCUCGCCGUCGUCGGGGGCGCAACGGGCAGCGUGCGCGUCGUCAGUCUGAGUAGGGGCGAGGUCGUCAGCGCGCUCGGCGGGCACAAGGAGGACGAGAGCGUCGAGGCGGUCACGUUCGUCGAGCUCACGCCCGGCGCGGCGACACAGAGCGCGGGAGGCGUUGUGGUGACGGGCGCGACGGACGGCAAGGCGUGUAUCUGGGAUCUGGGCACGAUGCGCUUGCGGGCGACGCUCGAGCACGAGGACGCGGUGACGAGUCUGUUGCCUUUGCCUGCGCCGAAGGGACACCUGGUCGUGUCUGGCUCUGCUGACAAGACACUGCGGACGUGGGACGCGCGAACGGGCACACUCGUCCGUGCACACAAGGGCCACCACGGUCCUAUUCUUGGUGCGGCUCUCGGGCUUGAAGGUGGUGUGGUCGUCAGCGCUGGGGACGACGGUGUCUGUCUGGUCUUCACGACUGAAUGAUGGGAUACGCAAUACGAGCAGAGAACGCAAAACGCUACAGCUGUAUUUCUGGACAGGUACGAAUAUCAUUAUUAAUGUAGCCAUACACAAUGUCACAUCUGCUGAGAUUCCCUACUGCUUCUCAUCCGAGCUCAAGCUCGCUGCAAGCACCCGGUCCGACCGUCAGCAGCGUGGCGA